AUGCUAAAACCAGCGGAUGUUCUAAGUGUAACCCCUACCAUGACGAAAGUCAACGCAGUUGGAAUCGAUCUCGGCACCACCUAUUCGUGUGUGGGUGUCUUCAUGCACGGAAAAGUGGAAAUCAUCGCCAAUGAUCAAGGAAACCGCACUACGCCUUCAUAUGUUGCAUUUACCGACACUGAGCGUCUCAUUGGAGAUGCCGCAAAAAACCAAGUGGCGAUGAACCCCCAUAAUACUGUAUUCGAUGCCAAGCGACUCAUCGGACGCAAGUUCGACGAUCCUGCUGUGCAGUCUGAUAUGAAGCACUGGCCCUUCAAAGUCAUCUCAGCUGAGGGCUCAAAGCCUAAGGUGCAAGUCGAAUACAAGGGAGAGACGAAGGUCUUCACUCCAGAGGAGAUCUCGUCUAUGGUUCUUACGAAGAUGAAGGAUACCGCCGAGGCCUUCCUGGGAUCGCCAGUAAAGGAUGCUGUCAUCACUGUCCCUGCUUACUUCAAUGACUCUCAACGUCAGGCUACCAAAGAUGCCGGUGCCAUCUCAGGAAUGAAUGUUCUUCGAAUUAUCAACGAACCCACUGCAGCUGCUAUCGCCUACGGUCUCGACAAGAAGGGACAAGGAGAGCGCAACGUCCUUAUUUUCGAUCUCGGAGGUGGUACCUUCGAUGUCUCUAUCCUGACUAUCGAGGAUGGAAUUUUCGAAGUAAAGUCUACUGCUGGUGAUACUCAUCUUGGAGGAGAAGACUUUGACAACCGAAUGGUCAACCACUUUGUCGCCGAAUUCAAACGCAAGCACAAGAAAGAUCUCAACACUAACCCUCGUGCCCUCCGUCGUCUCCGCACCGCUUGCGAGCGUGCCAAGCGUACCCUCUCUUCGUCAUCUCAGGCUUCAAUUGAAAUCGACUCGCUGUUUGAGGGUAUUGACUUCUACACUAACAUCACUCGUGCUCGUUUUGAAGAGCUGUGCGCUGAUCUCUUCCGUUCUACCAUGGACCCUGUGGAGAAGUCUCUGAGGGAUGCUAAAAUGGACAAGAGUCAGAUCCAUGAUAUUGUCUUGGUCGGAGGUUCCACUCGUAUCCCUAAGGUGCAAAAGCUCCUUUCGGAUCUUUUCUCUGGAAAGGAACUGAACAAGUCCAUCAACCCCGAUGAAGCUGUCGCCUACGGUGCGGCUGUGCAAGCUGCUAUCCUUUCCGGUGACAAGUCAGAAGCUGUGCAAGAUCUCCUGCUUCUCGAUGUUGCUCCUCUUUCGCUUGGUAUCGAGACCGCCGGAGGUGUGAUGACCGCUCUAAUCAAGAGGAACACGACCAUCCCCACCAAGACCAGCCAGACAUUCACCACGUAUUCCGACAACCAACCUGGCGUACUUAUCCAGGUCUUUGAAGGAGAGCGUGCUAUGACCAAGGACAACAAUCUCCUUGGAAAGUUUGAGCUGUCUGGAAUUCCGCCAGCGCCUCGUGGAGUACCUCAAAUUGAGGUUACCUUCGAUAUCGAUGCCAACGGUAUCCUCAAUGUCUCAGCCCAGGACAAAUCCACUGGCAAACAGAAUAAGAUCACCAUUACAAACGACAAAGGCCGCUUGUCUAAGGUACCUAGAUUUUUUAAAGUUUUAUCGGAUAAUAAGGAUGAAAUCGAACGUAUGGUCAACGAAGCCGAGAAGUACAAGAGGGAGGAUGAAGCUCAGAAAGACCGUAUUGGAGCCAAGAACUCCCUUGAAAGCUAUGCCUUCAACAUGAAGCAGACUCUUGAGGAUGAGAAGCUCAAGGACAAAAUCUCUGCUGAUGACCGCAAGAAGAUUGAGGACAAGUGCAAUGAGGUUAUCAGAUGGCUUGAUAGCAAUCAGACCGCCGAAAAGGAUGAGUUCGAGCACCAACAGAAAGAACUCGAGUCCGUGUGCAAUCCCAUUAUUACCAAAAUGUACCAGGCCGCCGGUGGUGCUCCUGGCGGUAUGCCCGGACACCAGGGUGGUGGAUCCUCCAACGCUGGCGGACCAACCAUCGAAGAAGUCGAUUAA